CUAGAAAGGUAGGUCGUAUUUUCAGGAAGGGCAGACUUGACUUUUCAAAAGUGCCGUGAGAAAGGCCGUUCCACCAUCAACAAUCAUGUCGACAACGACCAUCCGAGAGCUCUGCCUUGCUCUGGCAGGCCUUUUGUCUCUGGUUGGAUCUGUUCAUGCGCACGCACACGGCCAUACAGAUACCAUCCCAGAUCUUUCGUCUAUUCCCGUUGGACCUAAUUACAAGCACCCGAUUGAGGAUCUGGACAAGGACCUACCGUUUUCUCAACCCGUCACAUUCGCCCAUCUACCAUGGCAACGGUGUUUCUCUGCGGCACACUCUUCGCCUCUAGACAUUGCGAUCGUGGGCUUCCCAUAUGACACGUCGACAUCGUAUCGACCAGGCGCACGAUUUGGACCUCGAGGCAUUCGUGCCGCGAGUUCGCGCGAGAAGAAAGGCCGAAGCUACAACACGGUCUGGGGCGUCGAUCCGCUGACCGAAGGCGGGCUGAACAUCGUGGAUUGCGGCGACAUCCCGAUCACGCCGUUCGAUGCGCAGCACGCAUUCAAGCAGAUGGAGCAAGGGUACAGACAAGUACUGUGGCAUAACACCACGGUUGCGGCGGGUGAGCAGUGGACGCAUCCUCGCGUGCUCAGUCUCGGUGGUGACCACAGCAUUGUGCUGCCUAUUUUGCGUAGUCUGAAGGAAGUUUACGGCCCGAUCAGUGUCAUUCACCUCGAUUCUCAUCUCGACACGUGGGAUCCGUACGCUGGGUACACGGGCAUCGCGUCGGAGCAGAGCGCCAUCACGCACGGGACAUUCUUCUGGCAUGCGUCAAGGGAGGGCUGUAUAUCCAAGGGCACGAGCGUGCAUGGCGGGCUGAGGACCAAAUUGUUCAGUCCCCAGGAUUAUGUGAUUGAUCGGGAUGUGGUUGGGUUCACGCUCAUUGAGGCCCAGGAGAUUGAUGACCCGGAGGGCAUGGAUGGGAUUAUUCGCAGGGUGAGAAAAACUGUGGGAGAUACGCCUGUUUACCUCAGUAUUGAUAUCGAUGUGCUGGAUCCGAGUAUUGCGCCUGCUACGGGCACGCCGGAGUCGGGAGGCUGGACGACGCGCGAGGUCAAGCGCUUUAUCAAGGGGCUUGAGGGGGUCAAGUUGGUGGGCGCCGAUGUGGUUGAGGUGAGUCCGCCUUAUGAUACGGUGGCUGAGGUCACGAGUGUUGCGGCGAGUGAUUUGCUGGUGGAUAUAAUGGCGUUGAUGGUCAAGGAUUCCGUUGGCACGGGUAAGACGGCUGGGAUUGUAAAGGAUGAGUUGUGAAGGGGGCAGAUACUCAAGGGUCGCAGCCGCCAUUGAUCUAACAUGUUCUACGACAUAGCCUGGCAUUUUCUGUCUAUCCUGUGGUCUAGAUCCAUCUCAUACCCAACAUGUAUAUCUACAUUCUCAUCGAAGGAUUUCAUAUGGCACAUAACAAAGAUCAAUUGAAGACAACGGUCUUGUGGCCAUUCAGGAACACCCUCUGCUCGGACCACCAUUUGACGGCCGAGGCGAGGACUUGACUUUCGACAUUGCUGCCUUCGUCGACAAGC